AUGUAUCGCAGAGGCCACAGGUAUUCGGCCGGGCCCCGACACGCCGCACACUUUUUCUCCCCCACGCAUUCACGGGAUCGAGUGGCCCCGAAGGGCCUCGACCCACGCGCCGCGACACGGCCGCAUCGCUUCGCCGCUCAAAGUCGAAUGACGAUCGCGCCCCCACCACCCACGCAACCGUCGCGCGCGGCACGCUCGUCCUCGGCUGGCGCGCGUGGAGGGGGUAGCGCGCGGCCAAUCAGCGCUCGUUCGUCGUACGCCGCGUCGAAUCUCGGUCACGUGAUUGGCGGCCGCCGAUUCUUCGUCUCGCUCGCAGUCGCAGUCGAGCAGCGUCGUUCCCGUGGGUCUGGUCGGUUCGUAGCUCGCGAUGCUUCUCCGUCCUCGUUCGACCUUCGCAAGGGUUCGUGCCCGUUCAAUGUGUACGUGCGUCCCUGUCUAGAAAUUACCAUUGCCACUUCCCUCGAUCGCGACCAGCCGGUUUUAAUGACCUUUCGACAAGCGAUACGCGUCACGAGACUAAUCGCCUCUCCCCGGGAAAACACUGAGCCGGCAUUGUUCCUUAUCGGUUCUCGUUCACGAUCCAGCCACGAUUUCGUGUCUGACCUCACCCAUUGUUUACUCCUUCCUUACUUUUCAUUAAUUUUUCUUUUUUCGCACCGAGCAUCGUAUGCACUUACGAUAUUCCGAUCGAACGUGCUCGAAAGUGCGCGCUCUCCUUUUCCUUCCUACACAGAAACCAAGUAUUACUAUUAUUAUUACUAUUAUUAUUAUUAUUAUUAUUAUUAUUAUUAUUAUUAUUAUUAUUAUUACACGUUAAUCUUCCUUAAUCCCAUUGUUUGGAAUUGCAAAUUUCUUCCUAUCCCUCGCAAAAUUCGAACGAUAGAUAACCGACGCCCCAGGGGUCGAAAUUGGCGCGUUUCGAAAAGAAAGGAAGCGGGAAGGGAGAGGAAGAGAGAGAGAGAGAGAGAGGGAGGGAGGGAGAGAGAGGGAAAAAGAGAGAUCGAAGAGGAAGAUCGAAGAAAGGAGGGAAAAACGGUGGAUGACAGUGCAGAAAAAUCCGAUCGAUCCCCGGAGUCCCGGUCGGGGUGGGGAUCCGCGCGAGGCAAGCCGCCACGGUCGUCGGUUCAGAUCCGCUCAGGAGGGGGUUCUAACCCUGGGUGGGGGCUCUUAAAGGCAACCGGGUGCCGUCCGACCGUCGGAAUUCGGGUGGUGGAAGGGAAGUCCAGGUUAACCGUCACGCGCUAUCCCCUCCCCUGACGGCUGGUCGCCCCCACCCUUAAGGUGGCAGCGCCUCCGCCGGGCAUUCCAUCGGGUGGCACGCUUCGACGAGACGACAGAAGACGUUCGUCGUUGGUUCGCUCGGUCAGUCGUGCUCUGACGCCCGUUCCGAGUGGUCGGAGUUCAGUGAGGCGAAGAACAGAGAGGAAAAGAGAUAGAGAGACUCAGUCGAGCGAGCAAGCAGUAGUAUACGGGUACUACACAGUACGUUCCCUUACCGCGGUACGUUCUCUCGCGCGCUCUCUCUCUCGAGAGAGAGCAGAAAACAACCCUUAACCUUUCAUCGUUCCGUCGUCCGGCUUGGCGGAUCACAAGCGCGAUUGCCAGCCUGGCCAGGCGUGCAGUGAAUAAACACAGCGUAAUAACGCUACUCUUUUGGAUUACCAGUGCAGUGUAGCAGGAAACAACGGCAAAUUGUGGCGAACAGUUUGUCGAAUUCUCGUUGAUCUCGUUUUUUUGUGAUAACAAGAGAAACUUGUUGUUGU